ACCCUAAAGUGCUGCGGGGUUUGUGUCAGUGCCGGGCUGGAAUCGGUGGGAUGAAUUAGAGCUCUUAAACACCAGACAUUACUCUCUGUCUCCACCUUGUGGUCAAUCCGCUCACUUAUCACUUAUUGUUCUGGCUCAUAUUCAGGAAUUGCCCAUUUCAUUGCUGUGUAUUGGAUUUGUUUCCUGACCUGGCCACCGAAGGAGCCUUCCUUGUCCAUCUAUGGUCAAUGGCAUAGUCCACUGGCGCCACAAUCGCUUGGAGAAACCUAACUGAGCCGCCAGGAUCCAGAGACAAAGCAGCUGUUCGCUGGUCUCUCUCUGAGCUCUACUCGUGCACAAACACACACACACCUACAGCUGCAUCCACCAAUCCCCUGCCUAGCUGCCCCAGACCCUCUUCAAGGUGCUGAAGAACAACGAAUACUUGGGAAGCUCCCGGGGGCUGACACUGAAAAUGGAAUCUGAGAAAAUGUAAGGGCUCGUCUCCAAACCCGAAGAUCCAGCAAGAAGCCUGGCAGGAGUUUAGAGAGCAGCAAAGAGAGAGAGAAGUGAUCAUGACUGCCUGGGGGAACAUAUUCUGGACUGAUUCAUUUCUGCUCUUCCUAAUGGUUGUCUUUUGUUCACCUGUGUGUGUGGAAGUCCCGUCUGGUACAGAAGCUGUAAAGGGAGAGAACAUGACCUUGUUGUGCAUCUCUUGCAUGAAGAGGGAAGAAGUAGCUGCCACCACCAAUGUAAGGUGGUUCUAUCAACCAGAGGAUGGGCAAGAAAUACUUAUUUAUGAAUAUGAUGGAAAACCUCUAGAACCAAAAAGUCCACUGCAAGGUCGUCUUCAGUGGACCGGAAGCAAAGAUCUGCAGGAUGUUUCUAUCACCAUACUCAAUGUAACAACCAAUGAUACAGGAGUCUUUACCUGCCAUGUGAACCGUACGCUCCACUUUGAGGCUCAUCGUCACUCAAUUCAAAACAAGAAAAGUAUCACUCUAAAGGUCACGGAAGAAGCUGGUGAAGACUUUACUUCGGUUCUUUCUGAAAUUAUGAUGUAUUUUCUUCUUGCCUUCCUUACCUUCUGGCUAUUAGUAGAAAUUGUAUAUUGCUACAGGAAGAUCUCCAAGGCAGAAGAAGUGACACAAGAAAGUGUUACUGACUACUUGGCUAUACCAUCAGAAAACAAGGAGAACUGUUCAGUUCCAGUGGAAGAAUAACAUUUCAGCAGAAGCCUAUAAAAGGUUGUAAGAACUUCAGAAAAGGUUGAUCAGCAUCUUCUCAACAAUCAAUUUGGAGCUAGCCAUUCACCUAAAGUCUCCCCAAAUGAAUGUGUCACUUCUUUGUGGGAUUCUGUAUAAAUGCCUUAGUCAUUAUAUACACUUCUGUGCUUAUGGUUUACCUAUUUAAAAUAAGAUAUAAGUAUUCUGUUUCGAAAAAUGUGUCUGUUAAGGGGAAGAACAGAAUAUAUAAAAAAAAAACACUAGUUGUGAAGAUAUGUAGUGGAGAAAAGCUAUUGGCUGCAAAAUAUUGUGCAAGUAUAGCAUCUAAUAUCCAGAAUUGUUAGGGGUUUUCCAUGUGAUAGGUCUUUCCAUAAUGCGGAGCACAAAGCCUUAGGUCACAAAUGAAUACAUAAAUGUAUAAUGGGUACCAGAUCUCAUAGUUGCAGUCCAUAAUUUGGCUUGGAACAUAAGAAUGCUUAUAUUGAGCAACAUAAAAGAUGGACUUCUUAAACUUUGAGGCAAUGUGUUUAUUGUCCAUAGAGGUAUAUUUGCUUAUAAUAUCAAGAUCACUACAGUGCCGUAUCUACCACUUUAGAAACACUAAAUUAAAAAAAAAAUCUUCCCUGCACUGCCAUGUACUGUACACAUUAUAUCUAUUAGGAUAAUUACACAGUAUGGUAUUUACUGUAGAAUGCAUUUUUAGCUGAUAAGGAUAUAUUGUAUUCCAUAUUUAUAUUGACUGCCAGAGCUACCAUGAAAAUAUACUUUAUUUUUUUCACUUA